AUUCAAAAGAUGAGUAUCGGAAGUCUUUCAGUAGAUCAGAUUCAAACAAUUCUGACCAUUCUGAUAGCCCUAAUUCACUAAUGGGUAGCUUAGCUGAAACUCCAGAAGAUGUUGGAACGAAAGAUGUCUUUUUGCCUUUUGAUGCGAAUGGAAAGUCAUUGUCUACAAGCAUGCUUAAUCUUGAUAGUGAGAAACACUUUAUCACAUCAAAAUUAAGCCAUCUUGGUUCAAAAGACAACUUGCCUCGAUUUUCUAUCAGCACAGAAUGUGAUAUAAUGCCAGAAGAUCACAAAGAGCUGUCUCCUGUUGAAGAAACAGAUGCAAAAGUAUCUCCUCAGGCAAACCCACCUCCGUCUUCGGGCCGCAUUUCCAUUCCUCCGAUAUCUCCGAUGACUAAGCAAAGUACUCGUUCUGUAAUUAAAUCUGCAUCUGUGUCUGGUCUUUCACUCAUAAUUCCUACAGAUGAUUUUGGUCCACCUCCAAUUGGAUCACCUGGUGGCUCUAGCACGAGUUCGAGAGAUGCUUCUCCCAGCAGAGAGCUGAGUCCUCUUGUUGCUCAACUCAAACCACCAAUCAUUAUUAGGAAGGGACCGAGGGGCUAUGGCUUUACUGUUAGAGCCAUUCGGGUGUAUUAUGGGGAUUCUGAUGUUUAUACUGUUCAUCAUCUUAUAAUGGCAGUUGAAAAUAACAGUCCUGCAUUUGAAUCUGGCUUAAGGCCUGGAGAUCUGAUAACUCAUAUCAACGGAGAACCAAUUCAAGGUCUUCUCCAUCACCAAGUACUGCAUCUAAUUCUUUCUAAUGGUGAUCGUAUAAACAUUCGAACUAUUCCUCUUGAUAGCACAACCAUAAAAUCGGGAGGUCGAAAAAGGAAUCCAUCUGCUAUAAAAAUGGCGAGGAGACCAUAUUCUUGUCAUCGUCGUUCAGCACAAGUGAAGCGAGACAGUCAUUCUGAUAAAAAACGCAGGGCCUCUUUGCUUAGGAGAUUAAGCAGCAAACGAGCUAGUGCAGAAAUACAUCAGUCUGUUUCUGGUUCUUCCCCUGUUCUUACACCUAGUCGUAGUUUCCAGUCUUUGACCAGGACUCUUGCAUCUGCUGAUAGUUUACCUGCAUCUCCAACUAGAACAAAAAGCCCCAGAUCACCUCCUACAGCCAGACUCUGCUCACAGUCUGAUUCGCCUCAUUCCACUGGCAAUUCUUCUCAAAGUAGCUCUCCUAGCUCUAGUGUUCCUAAUUCUCCUGCAAGUUCUACUCAUCUUCCUCACUUUCCUCGUCCGAGCUCUCUUCAUGGUCUGAAGCAUAAAUUGACACAAACAUUCCAUUCUCCUAGACGAAAGUCAGUUGGGCACAUACCACUUUCCCCACUUGCUCGUACACCAUCUCCAUCACCUAUCACAUCCACAUCUCCUACAAGAUCACCUUCUCCUCUUGCAUUUCCCAUUGGUCAUCACCCAUCAAAUCCUCAGAUGGCUCAGACUUUCCAAACUAUUAAAUCAUCCUCAGUUUUGCCCUUGUCUGCAACAAUAUGUUCAUCAGCCAAAAAAUCCUUUAUGAGACCCAAAAGCGCAGAGCCAAGUUCCCCUCUUUUACGAAGAGCUUUAUCUCCUGACCGUCUCCAUCCAAAGUCUGCUGAAGUAAAAGCAAAGCGGGAGUCUUUCUCUGGGCAGGCUUCUCCUCUGGCUCUUUCAUCAUCUCCUUCUCCACGUUCCCAGUAUUUAUCUCAUAGUGGAUCUUCUAAACUGUGCAUGGCAUCCCAGCGUUCUUCACAAUCUCCUUAUGGUUUUUCAAAUAUUGGGAAAAGUUUGACUGACUUAGCAGAUACAUCAAGUGAUCAUUAUGCAUUUCAAGAGUAUGAAAGUAACUGCACCACACCAAAAUCCAGGUUAGAAGGCCGAAUUAGUCGGUCAACAGUUUCUCAACUAAGAAAGCGAGGGGAAAAGCCAUUUAAAUCAUCAUUAACUCAGCAACUUUUCUCAUCUGAGGAAGCUGAAUCUCGUAAAGAUGAACAGAUUGCUGUGCAAUCGGAAAAUAUGAGCGCUACAAAUAAAUUAGCAGGUGCAACUCCUGACAUAGAAAUCACUAGUUGUCCUUCUUCUUUUGUAGAUUUCAAUGUUGUACACUCUUCAGCAUUACCUCCUUCGGAAAGCUGUAAUGUUAGAAGAGCAAGGAGUGAAUCUGAACCUGCUCCAACAUCUGCUUUUGACACAGAUAUAGAUAAAAAUACAGAACCAGGUUUUUCCGCUCAAAAACAUUCUGCUGAACAGGAUGUUUCUAUUGUGCCAUCAGAAAGCAAUUGUGAUAAACUAAUUUCAGCUGAAGCUCAAAAUGGGAAGCUGCUGGAAAAGAAAACUGUUGAGGAAGUAAAGGAUUCAGAGAAAGGUAUGAAUCUGAUCGGAGACCAAAGUAUUCAGAAACAAGAGCUUUCCCCAAACAAGGAAACUGUAAAAACUGUUGAAAAAGCAAAUCAUGACACAGAAAAUAAAAGUAUUCAAAAGAAAGAUGUGUUUGAUAACAAGAUACCUGCCAAAAGUAGUGAGAAGUCCGGUACAGAUAUUCAGUCUAAUUGUGUUCAGAAAGCAGAAUUUUCAGUUUUCAGAGUAGAGAAGAAAAGUAAUGGAUCUGUAAAAGGUGAAGAUAACAUUCCUUCAAAAAGCUUGGAAGCGAAAGUUGUAAAAACUGAAGAUGCAUUCUUGAUUGAAACAAAGGUACGAAGUACUGAAAAGACUGUAUGCAAAGAAGGACCUAAUGUAACUGAAACGACUGUAUCUAAAGAAGAAUCUGGUGUUUCUGAAAAGCCUGCAUCUAAAGAAGCAUCUAGUUUAGCUGAAAAGACUGCAUCUAAAAAUGGAUCUAGUGUAUCUGCGAAAAUUACAUCUAAAGAGGGGUCUAAUGUAACAGAAAAGACUGCAACUAAAGAAGGAUCUAGUGCAUCUUCAAAAAUUACAUCUAAAGAAGGAGCUAGUAUAACUGAAAAAACUGCAACUAAAGAAGGAUCUAGUAUAUCUUCAAAAAUUUCAUCUAAAGAAGGAUCUAGUACGACUGAAAAAACUGCAACUAAAGAAAUAUAUAAUAUAUCUGAAAAAAUUACUUCUAGAGAAGGAUCCAGUAUAUCAGAAAAGGCUGCAUCUAAAGAAGGAUCUAGUGUACCUGUGAAGAAAAUAACUGAAAAGACUGUAUCUAAAGAAGGAUGUAGCGCAACUGAAAAGACCACGAGUAAAGACAUAUCUGGUGCGUCAUCAGCAGCAACACCUACUGUAAAAUCUAAAUCCUCAGAUGACACUAAAAAAGGGACUAUUACAUCAAAAAAGACUUGUUCCAUUGACAAGCCUACUAUGGGUGAUGACUCCAAAAAUAUUACCAAAAAAGUUUGUUUAGUUGACAAACCAGCGGCUGUGGUUGAAGACUCCAAAAGUUGUGAAGAGAAAGGCAAGACAUUCACAUCUUCUUUCGAAAUUAGAUUAUCAAAGCCAAAAACAUCCGAAAAUGCAAAAAAAGAUCAAAAAGUCGAAUCUAGUAAAAAGACCACAGAUAAAAAGAAGGAAAAAGAAUAAAAUUAAAAUUUUUUAAAGGA